AUGGUUUAUUUUGCAAACUUUACAUGGGACUGGAGAUAUAUAUGUGGUCCAGAUGGGCUACGACCGUGGGACGAUGUAACCAAGGACAUUGGAAUCUGUUUUCAAGAAUUGUUUUUAGAAAUACCGGUGUACUUUCUACUUGCCAUUUUUUCAGGAUAUUAUAUUGGUUUAAGGAAACAUUGGGUAGUUAGAGAAAAAACUCAAGAACGAGCGAUAACUUUACGUAGUUUCAUAGUAUUAGGCUUAGUAUUCAUUCCUAUUAUACAUUUAUAUAUUUUUAUAAGUAAUGACAAAGAUCAUCUAUACCCCAUUGAUUAUUUUACUGAGAGUGCGAAAUGUCUGGCGUGGAUCUUUCACUUUGGUUAUAUCCUGGCCUUGAAGCAUCGUUUGGGGCAAAGUUCUCGAGGGCCGCUCAGUCAGCUUGUAUUAUGGAGUAUAAUAGUGCUAUUCAAUGUAACAUCUCUACGCAGCACCAUACUGACGGGCUCGACAACAGCAUACAAUAUCGCCACCUUGUGUUGUCAUGUUCUAUACUUUCUUACAUUACUACCAUCAAGCGAUUCCCGACCAACAUUCUAUUCACCAUGUCUCGUUGGUUCCCAACACUCACAUAGUGAAUAUACUCCACUACUGCCCCAAAUUGAUGAAGGUAUCCUCGGGACUGCUAUGCAAGGCUUGAGUUAUUGGUCAAAGCUUACAUUUUCAUGGGUGGAUCCACUAUUACAAAAAGGAUAUGAAAAGAAGUUGCAGGAUGUCGAAGAAUUGUAUGAUAUACCAUCAAAAUACAGAUGUUCAUAUGUUGGAGCGAGAAUAGACAGGGCUCUUAUUGGAAAUGUUGACAAUUAUCAGCAGUUUACCGAAGUUCCUCAUCAACCAUUUAUAGGCUCUAGGUAUGGAUCAACGGAUGACGUAACAGAGACCACUUCAACGGCUGUCACGCCUACGUCACGCGUCCUGCUACGUCCGUUGAGACGGCAGAACGUCUCUCUCUUUCGCGCACUGCACAGUUGUUUUGCUCUACAAUUCUAUGGUAUUGGAGUCCUUAAACUAGUAUCAGAUAUGGCUGGUUUCGCUGGGCCGAUAUUAUUGAACAAAUUAAUAACAUUCGUUGAGGACGACAGUAUCGAUCAACAUUAUGGAUAUGUCUAUGCUGCGUCAUUACUGGCGGCCACUGUGAUUGGAGCUUUAUUCAACGUACAUUUCAACUGGUUGAUGUCGAUCAUCGGUUUAAAGAUGCGAGGUGCUAUUAUUUCUACAAUCUUAAGGAAGACUCUUAGCGUGACGUCAACAGAACUGAACAGAGCCUUUUCAGUUGGAGAAAUAACUAAUUUUAUGUCAACUGACACUGAUCGUAUUGUUAACGCGUGUCCAAGUUUUCAUGCGGUAUGGAGCAUUCCUUUGCAACUAGGUAUCACACUGUACCUUCUAUACGACCAAGUGGGUGUAUCUUUCUUAGCCGGAGUGGCGUUCUCAGUGAUACUUAUUCCUAUAAACAAGUUGAUAGCCAAUAAGAUUGGUGAUUUGAGUACGGAAAUGAUGAGAUUCAAGGACGACCGUGUUAGUCUCAUCAGCGAUAUGCUCCGCGGUAUUAGAACAGUCAAAGUUCAUGUUUGGGAAGACUACUUCAUUGACAGAGUCAACGAGGCUCGGAAGAAGGAACUGCAUUACCUACGCGGCAGGAAGUAUUUGGACGCGAUUUGUGUAGUGCUAUGGGCGAGUACUCCUGUGUUGGUCGCCGCGCUAACUCUCGGCACUCACUCACUGCGCGGACUGACCCUCGAUGCACCCACGGUGUUCACAACUAUAGCCUUAAUAAACAUGCUGAUUGCGCCUCUAAAUGCAUUCCCCUGGGUGUUGAAUGGUCUCACUGAAGCUUGGGUUUCUAUAAAACGUAUUCAGAAGCUUCUUGAUCUCAGGGACAUGGAUCUUGAAUAUUAUUACGAUCGCCUCAACACUAAUAGAGAUGAAGAUAAAAUUAUUAUAUUAAAGAACGCCACAUUCACAUGGGCUAAGCCGUCGGUUUGGAAGAAGGUGGCAUCUAAAUCUAAGAAAAACAAAGGAAAAUCUAAGAAGAAUUUAUCUAAACGACUCGAUAGAACUAAUUCUGAAUCCUCUCAGGAUGGGACAAUUCAUGAGCCAUUCAAAUUGAAGGAUAUUUCAUUGGAGAUUGGUAAAGGGGAAUUAAUAGGUAUAGUUGGUCCAGUGGGCAGCGGAAAGACAUCCUUACUACUGGCGCUUAUAGGUGACAUGAUUAAACAAAGCGGUGACAUACAGAUACCAGAGAAUCUUGACAGUUUCGGUUAUGUAUCUCAACAGCCGUGGCUCAUCCGCGGUACAAUACGUGACAACAUUCUAUUCGGCAAACCUUAUGACGAGGUUAAGUUUAGGACGGUGGUGGACGCGUGUGCUCUCACAGAAGACUUGAACGUUCUCGGCUGGAAUGCGUAUGUGGGUGAGGGAGGUUGUACUCUCAGCGGAGGACAGAGGGCGCGAGUGGCGUUGGCGAGGGCUGUGUACCAGGACAAACAAGUAUAUUUACUAGACGACGUGUUAUCGGGCGUGGAUGCGUCGGUAGCACAACAUAUAAUGCAUCGCUGCGUGAUGGGUGUGUUGCGACACACCACACGAGUGUUAGUGACUCACUCACCACGCCAUCUGGCGGGGGCGGCGCGGGCUCUGCUCUUACAGGAGGGACGGAUCGCCGCACUCGGUUCACCCGAAGCCGUCUUGAACGAAAUCGAAGAAUAUUUUCCCAGUGAAGCGGACUCAUUAGGCGAAGAACCGGCCCAGAUCCAAGAAGAAGAGAAGAAACACGACGAAUCUGAUAACGUCAGUAGAAAUAGCUUAGACAAUGACGAAGCUAUGUCAGAAGGUUCAGUGGACUGGUGGGUGAUCGGUCUGUACCUCAGAUCAGUGGGAGCGUUUCUAACAACAUGCAUCAUAAUAUCGUUGAUAUUAAUGCAGCUAUCACAGAACUUCACCUUCGUCUGGCUAACAUUUUGGGUCAGGAACAAAACAAAGAAUUCGACAGCUCUCUUCAUAGACAAUGUACAUGAGAACACAACAGUACUGGAUCACGGGUUCAAUUUAGCUGACAAUAUCGUUCAUACGAUUGUAAAUACAUUGGCUGUUAUUAAUAAUUUCAAUAUGACCACUCAACCGUCACUAGAUGUCGCUACUGUCCUAGAAGAACCCAAGUUAAGACUUAAUUCGUACACUGAUAAUUAUUACCUAGAAGUUUAUUUCGGUUUAGCUGGACUUAAUUUGGUAUUCACUAUAAUGAGGGCCUUCCUGUUUGCUUAUGGCGGUGUUAAAGCAGCUUCGAAGAUACACAGAAUACUUCUCAAAGUCAUCGUUAAGGCGAAUGUUAAAUUUUUCGACAUAACUCCAGCGGGUCGUAUCAUAAACAGGUUUUCAUCUGAUACAUACACAGUGGAUGAUUCUCUACCAUUCAUUAUGAACAUUCUUUUAGCACAAUUCUGUUCUCUAAUUGGAGCGGUUGCUGUAACAGUGUAUGGUCUUCCUUGGUUGUUGGUUGGUGUUCUUCCCAUGACAUUCAUCUACUACAGGUUACAACGUCGUUACCGUGUCACCUCCCGCCAACUAAGGCGUCUACAGAGCGUCGCUCUAUCUCCUGUUUAUGUACAUUUUAACGACACCCUAGAAGGUGUGAGCAGUAUCCGUGCGCUCGGCGGCUCGUCCCGCUGGGCAGCUCGCGGCGAGGAGGCUGUUGAACGCUGGCAGCGGACAGCGCUGUGUUCAGCGGCUGCAGCACAGUGGCUCGCGUUACGACUGCAAGCGGCCGCCGCUGCUGUUGUAGCCGCUGCAGCGCUGCUCGCGGCAAUGCAGCGUGCGACACACGCCGCUGAUCCCGGUCUCGUUGGCUUGGCGAUAUCGUAUGCCUUGUCUAUGACGUCUAUGCUCAGCAACGUACUGAACUCAUUCACAGAGACUGAAAGGGAAAUGAUAGCCGUGGAACGAGUAGGAGAAUAUAUUACACAGGUGGAAAGUGAAAAGAUCGCUGGUGAUUCACCACCUUACGGCUGGCCGUCUCACGGGGUGAUUAGUUUCGAAGACGUUUAUCUGAAAUAUGGUAAUAACGGAUCAGCGUUGCGUGGAGUCUCAUUCUCAUGUUCGCCGGGUGAAAGGGUAGGAGUGGUUGGUAGAACAGGCGCUGGUAAGAGCUCUCUACUGCGAGCGGCACUACGACUGGCGCCUUGCAGCAGAGGAAGAGUCGUUAUAGACGGAGUAGAUGUCGCCACGCUGAAUCUGCACGCUUUAAGAUCCCGAAUAGGCAUGAUCCCGCAGGAGCCUUUCAUAUUUUCUGGCAGCAUCCGAGAGAACGUGGACCCUCUAGGUCAGUAUUUGGACGCGGAGGUGUGGCGAGCUCUUGACGCGUGUGGGGCGAGGGCGCUGGUGACGUCACACGGGGGGCUACACUCACCAGCCGUACUGCUGUCGAAAGGACACGCGCAGAUACUGUGUCUUGUACGAGCGGUGUUACAAAAAGCUAAGAUACUUCUAGUGGAUGAAGCAACAGCGAACCUAGACCAGGACACCGAGCGCGUCAUAUUAGACACUAUCAGGUGCUCGUUCAGUAGUAGUACGGUGAUGUUCGUGGCUCAUCGUGUGGCUGGAGUGUUAGAGUGCACACGUGUGCUCGUGAUGGGCGCUGGCCGCGUACUGGAAAUGCGGACCCCAGACGACGCGCUCGCCGACCCCACCUCACACUUAUACCAACUUUUACAUCCUGUACAGUGA